UAUGCAUAAUUUGCCAGAGUUUACUGUAGCCGUCCCGGCCUGAGCAGCCGACGAAGCCUGGAAACAAGACCCUGAGAUCUGAAUCCAGAUCUGAAAUAUGGACUAGAUCAGCAGCCUACUCGGAGCUUACUUCUACCCCUCUUUCCCUCUGCUCGCCAUCAACCGAACCACAGCUUCCGCCGCUUCCCCGGGGAUUAAAUGGCGAUAGCCUCAUCAUUCGCAGCCGUCUUCAUCAGCAGCGCCAUCGCCUCCUGCUUCGCUGAGGUGUGCACCAUUCCUCUGGACACAGCCAAGGUGCGUCUUCAGCUGCAAAAGAAAACAGCUGCUGGGCCUGCAGCUACAGGAGGAAUGCUGGGCACAAUGAUGUUGAUUGCAAGGGAGGAAGGCGUCACCGCACUUUGGAAGGGCAUUGUCCCUGGCUUUCACCGCCAGUGCCUCUAUGGCGGCCUCCGUGUCGGCUUGUAUGAGCCUGUCAAAGCCUUAUUUGUUUUUGUAGGUGAUGCCACUUUAUUGAACAAGAUUCUUGCUGCUCUUACAACUGGUGUCAUAGCGAUUGCUGUCGCAAAUCCAAUGGAUCUUGUCAAAGUGAGAUUGCAAGCAGAUGGAAAAUCUACUGCCGUCAAGAAGCACUAUUCUGGAGCCCUUAAUGCGUAUGCCACCAUAGUCAGACAGGAAGGUAUUGGAGCUUUGUGGACUGGCCUUGGUCCUAAUAUGGCACGAAAUGCUUUGAUUAACGCUGCCGAGUUGGCCAGCUAUGAUCAAUUUAAAGAGAUAUUUCUAGGUCUUCCUGGGUUUACAGAUAAUGUUUAUACCCAUCUUUUAGCUGGACUUGGUGCCGGAAUUUUUGCUGUUUGCAUUGGAUCUCCAGUGGAUGUGGUGAAAUCAAGAAUGAUGGGUGAUUCAACAUACAGAAGUACAUUAGAUUGUUUCACCAAGACGUUAAAAAAUGAUGGACUUGCUGCUUUCUACAAGGGGUUUAUUGCAAACUUUUGUCGAGUUGGGUCAUGGAAUGUGAUAAUGUUCUUAACUUUGGAACAGAAGAUUCUUUCAUUAAGGAUUAUAUAUGCACUCUGUGCCACAAGGUUUCAUCGAACAAGCUGGGUGCAGCUUCUGGAGCAACAGACAUACACACUCAUUCAGCAUGGGAUUCAGAUUCUCAUUGUACAGGAGAAUGCAUACUAAUGUUGUAAUUUGAUCUAUUUGAUGACUACGACCCAAUCAGUCAUGAGCAUUUUGUAAAUUGUUAGCUUUUACCGAGGCCCACUUUAUUGGGUUAAUAAAUUUGAGACGUUAUACUUAAAA